CGGGCUUUUUGGGGGAAUUGACUCUUGAGAGGAGAGAUGAAGCCUUCAACCUCCACGGCCUUAAAACAAACACAACAAAAUAAUCUCCCAUAGUUUAAUCUCCUUUUCUCACUGACCUCACCUUUUCUUCCUCAAACAUGCACCCCACGUUGUAUUUUUGUUCACACACAAAAAAGGAAAAACUACACUAACCCCAUCAAUCAAUCUUCUCCACAUUUGCUUCUAACUCACCAAAUCCAGCAAACCAUAACAAAACAUAUUCUACAGCACUUUCUCUCUUUCCUUCCUUCCUUCAGGGAGAUGGGUUUCUCCCCUCUCUCUCCAUCUUCCCCUCUUCACCAUAAUAAUUUUCCUUAACAACAACAAUUGCUUCAUUCAUUAAGCUUUCUCUUUCUAUCUCUGUAAUAGUUACAAUUGUAUUUACAUUGACCAUGUUUUCCUCUUAACACCCAGUUCCACCACCUCACAAUGGUUCGAGCAUGUGAACAUGAUCAUCAUAGCAUUCAGAAGUCCAAGUCCUUCACCUUCAAAGGGAUAUUUGAAAUGACAGGACGCCAGGCCCAGAGCCUGGUUGUUGAAGCUAUACACAAAGGAAGGUCAUUGGGGGAUGAUAGUAAAAUUUCAUUCCGAAGCCAGGGAUCGAGGAGUUCAUCUGAUCGGACAAUGGAUCCACAAAUUGAGUCUUUACUGAUUCGUGAUGCUGUUCCCAAGUCACGUUUGAUCAGAGAAGGGGGAGGGGGUGGCAGUGUUGCCUCCCAAGGCAAAGACAAGCACUCAGAUGUGGAAAUGAUAAAAGAAAGGUUCACUAAGCUUCUUUUGGGUGAAGAUAUGUCGGGUGGAGGGAAAGGAGUUUCGUCGGCUUUGGCUUUGUCGAAUGCCAUUACCAACCUUGCAGCUUCUGUCUUUGGGGAACAAAGGCGACUGGAGCCCAUGGCUUCUGAGAGGAAAGGAAGGUGGAGAAAAGAAAUUGAUUGGCUAUUAUCUGUCACUGAUCACAUUGUUGAAUUUGUCCCUUCCCAACAGGAAACCAAAGAUGGAACAAUGGAGAUAAUGGUGACACGCCAACGAAAUGAUCUGCAUAUGAAUAUUCCUGCCCUGCGGAAACUUGAUGCCAUGCUCAUCGAUUACCUAGAUAACUUUAAAGACCAGAAUGAGUUCUGGUAUGUGUCAAGAGAUGCUGAUGAUGCUGAAAAAGGUAGGAAGGAUGACAAAUGGUGGCUACCCACUGCUAAGGUCCCCCCAGAUGGCUUAUCUGAUGUAUCAAGAAAAUGGCUGCAGUUCCAAAAGGAAUCUGUGAACCAAGUACUAAAAGCAGCAAUGGCAAUAAAUGCCCAGGUUCUAUCAGAAAUGGCAAUUCCCGAAAACUAUAUCGAAUCCCUCCCAAAGAAUGGGAGAGCAAGCCUCGGUGACUCUAUAUACCGUAGUAUUACAGUGGAAUAUUUUGAUCCAGAGCAAUUCCUCUCCACCAUGGACCUUUCAACAGAGCACAAGAUCCUAGACCUCAAGAACAGGAUUGAAGCAUCCAUCAUAAUUUGGCAGAGGAAGAUGAACAACAAAGAUGGAAAAUCUUCGUGGGGUUCAGCAGUGAGCAUAGAAAAGAGGGAGCUCUUUGAAGAGAGAGCAGAGAGCAUUCUAGUCCUUCUAAAACAAAGGUUCCCUGGCAUUCCACAGUCAUCACUUGACAUAAGUAAGAUCCAAUACAACCGGGAUAUAGGACAGUCUGUUCUAGAGAGCUAUUCGAGGAUACUUGAAAGCUUGGCCUUCACUGUCAUGUCACGAAUUGAAGAUGUUCUUUAUGCUGAUUCCCUGGCUAAGGAUCCAUCAUUGGCUGAGUCAAACAGACAACUUUCAAUGGAUUCCUUUCCAGCAGUGAGACCAGUAAAGUUCCUGAACGCUGGUGAAGAAUUAGAGAAGUUGAAUUCAGUCGAGACACCUACUUCAAUGACAUUAUCGGACUUCAUGGGUUGGCAUUUGGAUCAAGGAGAAACCGAGCAAAAGAAAGAUGCGACGGAGAAUUUAGAGGAAAACUGGAAAGAUAAUGAUGAUGAGCAAUCCAUGAGCAAACCAGCCAUCAUUGUGACCCACAAGAAACCUUCCUACAUAGAGAAGCUUGAGAACUUGGGUGGUUUGAGAAGUCCAAUUGCUCGUCAUUGAAACAGAGCUACAGAGAAUGUGAGAGACAAGAAAGGAAGAUAUAAAGAAAGAGAGUGUAAAGAGAGACAAAUUGUAAAGAGAGUGAGCGGAGCUUGAAUUCCCGAUGUAAAUAUUCUGACCCACAAAGAAGUCAUUUUGGACAGUGAUCAGUUUUCUUACUGUUUCAUUCCUACUUUGGAUACUAUUGGGUUUGAUGCAUUUGGGUGAUGCUUCCUUCUGUAUCCUACGCGGAUAUAAUUGGAUUUGUAGAGUUGUAGCUACUGAUCUCUGUCCAUUAUGACCAUUAUUUUGGAGAAAAUACAUUCAAUCUACUUUUCUAGUCCUCCA